ACCUUCAGCCCCUGGCGGUGAUUCCAGCCCACGUGAAAUGAGGAAUCGUCCGUCGUUGAUGAGAAACAUGCCUUCAGCUGCUGCGAAGAUAGAGAAACAGACCUCUUUGGAGGCACCAGACUCCUUUAAAAGUAUACUUGUUAUUUUUGAGAAGAAGACGAGAAACUUGGAAAAGCGUAAGGGCCGACUGGACCAUUUGAGGUCGGAGUUGGAUCAAGGAAAAGAGUUGAACGAUGAUCAGAAGGCUGCUGUGCUCAAGUAUGACCAAGUGGUGGAAGCACUGGAAUUCACGAGGGACCUGCAGAAGGCCAUCACAGGCAUUAUGCAAGAGCAUGUGCGUGCCUGCAAGAAAGCAGCCAAGCGGGAGGCAGCUGAACGGACGUCGCGUGACACGCAGCGCAUCCGUGAGGUACUGCAGUUGCAGGACCUGCUGACAACCUUGGGCACUCCAGAGGCACGCCAGUGCUUUCUUGAUGGCACGUCGGGGGCUGUGCAGCUGCAGCCUCAUGACUUGGAGCUUAUGGACGAACUCUACCGCUUGGUGAGCCCAGAGUCGCAAGAGGGCGUUGGACAGGCGGCUGAACAUCUCACGGCCCUCUUGGAUCGCAAGAACAAGGAAGUACUGGGCACUACCUACAAGGCUCUUCGUGAACUGUUGCAGAGCAUCGAAGAGUGCGCUUACUUUUCAGGCACUCAAGGUGUCACUACAACGGAAGAGCAGUCUGAAAGGAGCACAGAACAGGAAGUGAGCGAGCCAGUCCCUGAGGAGACAUGUGACGUUCCACAGGAACUAGAACCUGCAGCUGUCCCUGAAGAGUCUGUGGAAACUGUGCAAGAAGUCAGCACCACAUUUUGCCUGGAGCCCAGAGAGGAAGAGCCUGAAAGCAACAAUCUUCAUUUCUUCCAAGAAUCACAGAUAGAUGUGGAAGCGCCCCCAGCAGAGCCAGUACAGCCUGCUUUUGUGGCACCCGAGUUUGACCCAAGCCACCCGAUACCAACACAGACAUUUACCAACCAGAGCUUCGCUCCUCCAGACCGGCGAGGGGGGCGUGCUCGUCCCAAGGGCUAUUCAAAUGGGAGAGGAGGAGGCAACUAUGGAGGCUACCAGCAGCAAGGAAAUUUCAACGGACAGGAGAGAUUUGGAGCAUCUCGUUCACGUCCAGCAAGAGGAGGCGGUGGAAGAGGAGGACGAGGUAUGCCUCGCCGUGGUGCGACUUAUGCCAAGUAGGCUACAGUGGCUCCUUCCCUUCGGUGCUUCGGAAAGGCUUAAAAGCGCCGUCAUUUAGUGUACAGAAUGGGUUAUUUUGUGUAUUGCUGGCAGAGAGAGAUUGGCUUUGUACAGUAGAUGUGGUCCAAAGGGGUGCUUCGGGGGUACACAGUUGGCUCCCAAAUAAAGUAUGCAGCAAAGA